CAUCCAUAAAGUUUAUGCCAUCUGUUCCUGAACCAGCCAGUCAUGGUGAAUACAAGACCCAAGUUCCAAAACAGGAUGUCUGCACUAUUAACGGAAGCUCCCCUGAGCAACAGCCACAACGGAACAACAUUCUUCAAGAGACACCCACUCCACCAAAACCAGGAGCCCAGGGUUCUCAAGACCUCAGCCACCAGGGAAAAACCAAGUUUGCUUCUGAUUUCUUGCGACCAGCCUUGCAGCCUGAUCUUCGGGACCCUGCCUUUCCAGGAACAAAUAGUUACAGUGAUACCCUGCCUUCACCUUCCAUACACGAGCUAAGCAUGUUUAACUACGAACGUCCAAAACACUUCAUUCAGUCCCAAAACCCAUGUGGCUCCAGACUGCAGCCCCCUGGACCGAAGACCUCCAGCUUCUCCCCACAAACCAAACAGUCCUCCAUCACCAUCCAGCCGCGUCCAUGUACAGAGCAGCGGUUCUCAGCCUCCUCCACAGUGAGUUCUCACAUCACCAUGUCUUCCUCUGCCUACCCUGCCUCCCAGCAGCUCACCGGCUCCAACCCAGGCCAGAGGAUUUCUGCCACCUAUAACCAGUCCCCGGCCAGCUUCCUCAGCUCCAUAUUGCCAUCACACCCCGACUACAGUAGCAGUAAAGUCCCUUCCACUGCGGACUCCAACUAUCAGCCAUCUUCAGUUGGUCAACCUGUAAAUGCCAACCCAUCGCCAAGUGCAAGUGCCAAGGCCACACCCAGGACUCCUGACCAUGAAAUCCAAGGAUCCAAAGAGGCUCUGAUCCAAGACUUGGAGAGAAAGCUGAAAUGCAAGGACACCCUUCUUCAUAAUGGAAAUCAACGGCUGACCUACGAGGAGAAGAUGGCCCGCAGACUGUUGGGACCACAGACGGCAGCGGCUGUAUUUCAGGCUCAGAACAGUGACGCCCCAGAUCUGCCACAGCAGCAUAACUCAGAACAUGCACGGCUGCAAGUUCCUACAUCCCAAGUAAGAAGCAGGUCAUCCUCAAGUGCAGAUGCCAAUGACCAGGAUGCAAUCCAGGAGAAAUUCUACCCACCACGUUUCAUUCAAGUGCCAGAGAACAUGUCCAUUGAGGAAGGAAGAUUCUGUAGAAUGGACUUCAAAGUGAGCGGGCUGCCGGCCCCGGAUGUGUCAUGGUAUCUAAACGGGAGGCCAGUGCAGUCGGAUGAACUGCACAAAAUGAUAGUGUCGGAGAAGGGCUUUCACUCGCUCAUCUUUGAAGUGGUCAGAGCGUCAGACGCAGGCGCUUACGCAUGUGUGGCCAGAAACAGGGCCGGGGAGGCCACCUUCACCGUGCAGCUGGACGUCCUUGCAAAGGAACAUAAAAGAGCACCGAUGUUUAUCUACAAACCACAGAGCAAAAAAGUUUUUGAGGGAGACUCUGUGAAAUUUGAAUGCCAGAUCUCAGCUAUACCUCCACCAAAGCUUUUCUGGAAGAGGAAUAAUGAAAUGGUUCAGUUCAACACUGACCGGAUAAGCUUAUAUCAUGAUGACGCUGGCAGGGUAACUUUACUGAUUAAAGAUGUCAACAAGAAAGACGCUGGGUGGUACACGGUGUCGGCAGUGAAUGAAGCGGGAGUGACGACGUGUAACACGAGAUUAGACGUGACAGCUCGUCCAAACCAAACUCUUCCAGCUCCUAAGCAGCUGCGUGUUCGACCAACAUUCAGCAAAUACUUAGCACUGAAUGGGAAAGGUUUGGAUGUAAAGCAAGCUUUUAACCCUGAAGGAGAGUUUCAGCGCCUGGCAGCUCAAUCUGGACUCUACGAAAGUGAAGAGCUUUAAUAAAUUCACCAACACUGGAAAUUACAACAACACUCUUAGCAAUAUAUCUGAUGCCUUGUGAAAUAAAUCCCUAUCUGUCUUAACAGAUCAUGGCUUUACUUAGGUAAUAUAACUAAUAUACAUUAUAAUACCAUUUAUCCUUGGACUCUGGCACAUUCUACUUCUCUGAUUUGUGAAGCCUCCAGUGAACUGGAUUUAUGGAUGUGUAUUGUAGAAAACUGUCUUAAAAUGCAGGAUCUUGACAUUUAGGUCAUACACAUUUAACAAGGUUACAGGUUAUGAAACCGGUAACUUGAAAACCUUGAGACUUGCAGUAGGGUUUACAGAGAGUGCUUAAUACAAUUGUUUUAUCUGCUUUCUCUGGUAGGAAUACUAACAUGAUAUGGAUUAUCUGAGUGUUCCAAAACCUUCUGUCAAAAGAGAAUAAAAUUCAAAUAGUUCAAAUAGA